CGCAUCUGUCACCCGCGCCACCGCCGCCUCUGCUCCCAGCGUCCGCGCCACCGUCGCCGCGUCCACCAGCGCACCACCAUCAUGCGGGAGAUCGUGCACCUGCAAGCUGGCCAGUGCGGCAACCAGAUCGGAGCCAAGUUUUGGGAGGUGAUCAGUGACGAACAUGGCAUUGACCCCACGGGCACAUACCAUGGGGACAGUGACCUUCAGCUGGAGAGGAUCAACGUCUACUACAACGAGGCCACAGGGGGAAAUUAUGUUCCCAGAGCAGUGCUGGUGGACCUGGAGCCUGGCACCAUGGACUCUGUGCGCUCUGGACCCUUUGGGCAGAUCUUUCGGCCUGACAACUUUGUGUUUGGCCAAUCCGGAGCUGGCAACAACUGGGCCAAGGGCCACUACACGGAGGGCGCAGAGCUGGUGGACGCGGUGCUGGACGUGGUGCGCAAGGAGGCGGAGAGCUGCGACUGCCUUCAGGGCUUCCAGCUGACGCACUCGCUGGGCGGCGGCACGGGCUCGGGCAUGGGCACCCUGCUCAUCAGCAAGAUCCGCGAGGAAUUCCCGGACAGGAUCAUGAACACCUUCAGCGUGGUGCCCUCGCCCAAGGUGUCGGACACCGUGGUGGAGCCCUACAACGCCACCCUCUCUGUGCACCAGCUGGUGGAGAACACGGACGAGACCUACUGCAUCGACAACGAGGCCCUGUACGACAUCUGCUUCCGCACCCUGAAGCUGACCACGCCCACCUACGGGGACCUCAACCACCUGGUGUCGGCCACCAUGAGCGGGGUCACCACCUGCCUGCGCUUCCCGGGCCAGCUGAACGCGGACCUGCGCAAGCUGGCGGUGAACAUGGUGCCCUUCCCGCGCCUGCACUUCUUCAUGCCCGGCUUCGCGCCCCUGACCAGCAGGGGCAGCCAGCAGUACCGCGCCCUGACGGUGCCCGAGCUCACCCAGCAGAUGUUCGACGCCAAGAACAUGAUGGCCGCCUGCGACCCCCGCCACGGCCGCUACCUGACGGUGGCCGCCGUGUUCCGGGGCCGCAUGUCCAUGAAGGAGGUGGACGAGCAGAUGCUGGCCGUGCAGAGCAAGAACAGCAGCUACUUCGUGGAGUGGAUCCCCAAUAAUGUCAAGACCGCCGUAUGCGACAUCCCACCCCGUGGCCUCAAGAUGGCAGCCACCUUCAUCGGCAACAGCACGGCCAUCCAGGAGCUGUUCAAGCGCAUCUCCGAGCAGUUCACUGCCAUGUUCCGGCGCAAGGCCUUCCUGCACUGGUACACCGGCGAGGGCAUGGACGAGAUGGAGUUCACCGAGGCCGAGAGCAACAUGAACGACCUGGUGUCCGAGUACCAGCAGUACCAGGACGCCACUGCUGAGGAGGGCGAGUUCGAGGAGGAGGCAGAGGAAGAGGUGGCCUGACCCGGCCUCUGCGCCCUGCUGUCCCGCUCUGAGCAAGGCUUUGACCCUGAGGCUCCCUGUCUCCCAGCCUGACUCACCUCUGACCCUAGGAAACCCCCCUCCAGGACCCCAAGAACAGCACUUUGUCCCGAGCCCAACAAUGCCUCCCCACCCGCACCACCUCUAACAACUUUAUCUCUG